AAUUGAUCGAUCGUUGUUCGGUCUUGCAGCCCCUCGGUACUAGGGCCUGCUUAUGAGGAGAUUCGGUUUAUUCAGUGGUGUCUGUCUAGUUCAUGAUUCAUGUACUCGUACUUCAUCCCCAUCGUCAAAACGUGUAUCAUUUUUACUACACAUAGAGUGUAGAAGAAACGCCCUGUAGUAACUAAUGUCUUAAGUACUGCCGGCGGCGGCCUCUUACAAGCUUCCCGAGCCGAAGAACUAGAAGCUAACUCAUCCUCCAUCAAAAAUGCGUAAUUCCAGCACAACGAGCAACCGCAAUGCUCGAUACUAUCCGCAAACCCACCAAACCUACGGGGCUACAACAACCACGUCAAUUGGCCCGAGCUACGACCACCCGCCCGGUGAGGACCAGGAGCUGCAUCCCGUCCAUCCAGUCCGACAGCAUGCGCUUAUGGACGAAGGUUUCGAUACGUCUGACCCAGAGGAAAGAGCUGAAUCUCCUGAACAAACAGCAAUCCAAAUUAGUACCGGCACAAGUGGACCUUCUUCCUCGUCUUCGAGAAGCGGAACUACAAAUGCAGUAGAUGCUGGAAAACCUACAUUUAUUUCGUCAAAGAAGGAACUAUUACCCUGCAGCCAGGAGCUCAACAGCUACACUCAACCGACCAACGGGCGAGGGUCCCACAAGUACUGGACCCCACUGUUUUUCUACGGUGAGGGAGAGGAUGAAAAUGAGGGAGAUGCAGAAGCAGCGGGAGCGCAACCUCCCGGAAGUACAAAUUCAUCUGCUCCUCCUGCCCCAACAAGAACAUCCGCUACGACACGCGGGACGUCGGUUGUUGCUGGUCUUCCGAGCGAUCCGUUUGGCCACGAGUUUUCGGUAGAGCAGGAUGUCAUGAAUCGGGAUUGUGUGGAGUUUUGCUGCGGUUGCAAAUGCGGCAACCGUUACCACAUCAAGCCGAAGGAUUCAAAGCAGAACGCACUGACAGAGAUGUAUUUUUGCGGCAAUUUUUUUACAUUUUGUACAGUUCUACCUGCUCGCUCUACGUCAUGAGAAACACGUCAAGAUUUUGUGACUUGGAAGAUGCAUGAUGGAAACAAAAAAAAAAUCCCAGGUACGUGACCGAAACUUCUUCGCUUUUCCAAAAGCUCUGCUGUGGGGUGUAUCGCGGGCUCACCUUCGACAUCUUUUACGGCGGCGAGUACAAAAGCCGCCGCGACCGGGAGUCGGUGAACCGGCCGGACAAGAAGAUUCUGGAGUUGCAAAAGCCCUUUGUUUGCCAAAUCUGCGGGUGCUGCUGCUGCGACGGCUGCAGUAGCUUUUGCCGGCCGAAGUUUGAGGUCAGGUACACCGCGGAGAAGUUCUCCGGGCCGAAACCAAUCGGAUUCGUGCAGGACCACUUCAAAUGCUGCGGCUUGAAAGAGGAGCUUUUUCUGUACAAGGAUAAUGCGAGUAUUGGCCAGCAACAGCCUUCUCAAACCCAAGGCAGGACCUCGUCUUCUAGCAGGGGAGCAGCGGCGGGAGCACUGGGGGAAUCAAAUGCGGAACACGUUUUCACCAUCGAGGGCUACAAUCUGCAGGUCGGGUUCUGCUGUCCGUGCGGCGACUCGGUGUACGACAUUACGGAUAGGCGGAAAGACCGUGCUGGAAAUAACGGGAAUACAGCUGGUCCGAGGAAAGUUGGAAACGUGACGAAAAAAGGGGGCGCUUGUUUGCAGUGUUUGAAGGAGACGUUUCUGGAUGUGGAGAAUUUCAAGGUCUCUCCCCCGGAUCAGGCCAGUUUCGAAGAAAAGUCGCUGAUCGCAGCGUAUGGAACCAGGAAAAAAACUGUGUUUAGUGAAAGAAAGUCGCUGAUAGCCGUGUUCGUUGCGGAAAAUGCAAAAAACCCUGCAUGACAACAAGUUUUUCAUGUCAUGCGGAACAAAUUUUUAGUCCUGUGCUGAUCGUACACCGACACAGUUUUUUUGUUUGGAUACGGGUGCAGCCCUGAUGAUCGAUCUGCAACACUACGAAGACCGGCACGACCAACACAUGGACGCUUAAGGUGUUUUUGUACAAACUCCGCGCUUCAAAGUCAAAGUUAGCAUUUAUGUAUGAUAAGCAUAAAAUAAAAAGAUUAUACUUUGUACCUAAAAGAUACAGACUCGAUGUAGCGAACGACUCCUGAAUCCUUUUCGAUUUCGAUAGACAAGCACGGAAAUUCCACUCCACUGUACAAAAGUUUUCGCGACGAAAUUCUUGUACCAAAAAGAAAAAAAAAUCAUGCGCUGGAAAGUCAAAGAGGAAU